GGGUGGCGGCCUAGCGGGGCCUGUGUGGGAGUGAGGGAGAGUGAGAGUCAGUGAGUGUAUCGGGCCGGGGAUGGCGACCGUGGCGCCCGGUCACCUCCUGCUCGCCGCGCAGCUGCUGCUGCUCCUGGCCGCCGCCGUGGCCGCGCUACUGGCCGCAUCCGCGUCGCCCGACAACGGCACGGCCGGCCCGCCGGACACCGGCACCGGGGAGGAGGCGGGGAUCGGGGCCGAGGGCGGCAACAACGGCAACAACGGCAACAACGGCACGGUGCCGGAGGACCGCGACCCCCGCUCCCCGCUGGUGCUCUGCAUAUUCCUGCCUGAUGAUUUUAUUGAAUGUGAUGAUCCAGUGGACCUCCUUGGAAACACAACUGCGUAUCAGGUGCAAGGAUAUGGCUGUGUGAAAUUUGGUGGGCAAGCUUACAAUGAAGUGCAUCAUACGCGAGUCCGCUGCACUGCGCUAAAGGACAUCGAGUGUGCUGGUCCUCGCACUUUCCUUCGAGGAAAUGUACCGUGUAUAAAGUACACUGGACAUUACUUUGUGACAACCCUGCUAUAUUCCUUCUUCCUGGGGUGUUUUGGGGUUGACAGGUUUUGCUUGGCACACACUGGCACCGCCGUUGGAAAACUGCUGACACUCGGAGGGCUGGGGAUAUGGUGGUUUGUGGAUCUAAUUCUACUCAUCACAGGGGGCCUGAUGCCCAGCGACGGCAGUAACUGGUGUACUUACUACUGAAGAUCCACCCACACUGACCACUGAACUCUGCAUAGCCUCCUCAGGCUUGGGGAAAGGACUUAAGUGUUUUAAGAAGGAACUGCAGAUGCUGGAAAAUCGAAGGUACAACAAAUGCUGGAGAAACUCAGCGGGUGCAGCAGCAUCUAUGGAUCCAAAGAUGCUGCUGCACCCACUGAGUUUCUCCAGCAUUUUUGUGUACCUUGGGGAAAGGACUGCUUUAUCAGAUUCCUUGUUAUCUUGUGAAUACGAGUCCUAGGCCAUAGAUCAUAUUCCUCACCUUCCCUGUUUGAUUCAUUCCUUCGGGCAUAGGUAAGACGAUGGGCUGUGUACAUUAUUGAUGUGAAGUCUGUAUAUAAUGUAAAUUGCGUGAUCACUUUUUUCUCUGCUUGUAUAUAUCACCUUAAUUUGAUUUAAAUGCACGCACACCAAGACCGAUCUUCCUGGAAUAUUGGUCAGGAAUUAUGUUCUGCAAUGCUGUCAAUCUGAUGUUUUCUGACCGGUGGUUGCUGCUGCCUAUAAUUAACAAAAAAAGGUUGUGGGAAAGGCUGUGCAAGAAGUAAGAAUGCACAGUAUAUUUAGAGCAAGCCUACAGCCGAUAUAAUAUUGUUUUCAGGUCACUAAUAAAAAUCCACGUGCGUGAUGUUUACCACCAGAGGGCGUAUGGCCUCAUUUUUAAAUAAAAACAAAUCCAAUAAAAUUUUCUUUUUUAAGAAAUGUAUUUGAACCGUC